AAUUCUUUGGCCACACUGGUUGGCUUUGCAUUACUCGGCAAAUUUAAUGCAAAGGAGAGAAUCGUACAUAAAAUAUAAAUAAAAUCAGAAAUUAAAAGUACUUGAAAUGACAAAAACGCAAGAGACACAUGACCUCGACAUGGAGGUGGAUCCCACAGCCGAGACUUUAGCAGAUGAAAAAAAAAAUCAAGAUCUUGCCACGGUCCAGGAAAUCCGCGAGCAAAUUCGUCAGAUAGAAAAGUCAGUCGCUUCGAAGGAGUCGCGUUUUAUUUUGCGUGUGCUGCGUAAUUUGCCCAACACACGACGCAAACUAAACAGCGUCGUGUUCCGCAACCUGGCACAAAGUAUUUAUCCAGUUGGUGCCGAUCGUGAGGCUGUUUUGGCGCUGACACCCGAGCUUGAAAAGGACGCCAGCGAAUUGCCCGAUGUGGUCAAGAAGCAAGUAGCAACUAAGGCACCAAUUGCCGAGGUGGAUGCCUACUUUUAUUUGUUAUUGCUGGUCAAACUAAUCGAUGCCAGUGAUUUAAAGCGUGCUGGAACUUGCGCCGACGCAUUGAUGUCCAAAAUAUCCGUACAGAAUCGUCGCACUCUGGAUCUGAUAGGGGCCAAGUCGUAUUUCUACUAUUCACGUGUAGCAGAGCUCAACAACGCUCUGGAAGGCAUCCGCGCCUUUCUCCACGCUCGUUUACGCACCGCAACUCUACGCAAUGACUUCGAAGGUCAGGCUGUGCUAUUGAACUGUCUGCUUCGCAAUUACUUGCACUAUGCCCUCUACGAUCAAGCGGAUAAGUUGGUAAAAAAGUCAGUGUACCCGGAGUCAGCCAGUAACAAUGAAUGGGCGCGUUUCCUAUACUAUUUAGGUCGCAUAAAGGCGGCCAAGCUGGAGUACAGUGAUGCACAUAAGCAUCUGGUGCAGGCCCUGCGCAAGUCGCCGCAACAUGCAGCUAUUGGUUUUCGCCAGACAGUGCAGAAGUUAAUCAUUGUUGUGGAACUGUUGCUGGGCAACAUUCCGGAACGUGUUGUAUUCCGGCAGUCUGGACUUCGUCAAUCCUUGGCACCAUACUUCCAACUAACACAGGCUGUGCGCUUGGGUAACUUGAAGCGAUUCGGUGAUGUUGUGUCGCAGUUUGGACCCAAGUUCCAAAUGGAUCACACCUUCACCUUGAUCAUACGUUUGCGUCACAAUGUUAUUAAGACCGCCAUACGCUCGAUUGGACUGUCGUAUUCGCGUAUUUCGCCAAAGGACAUUGCGAAGCGUUUAAUGCUCGACUCGGCAGAGGAUGCAGAGUUUAUUGUAUCAAAGGCCAUUCGUGAUGGUGUGAUUGAGGCGACUCUGGAUCCGGCUCAGAACUAUAUGCGCAGCAAAGAGAGCACCGAUAUUUAUAGUACUCGCGAACCUCAGUUGGCUUUUCAUGAACGCAUCUCAUUUUGCCUGAAUCUGCAUAAUCAGAGCGUUAAGGCUAUGCGCUAUCCUCCCAAGUCGUACGGAAAAGAUUUAGAAAGUGCAGAGGAACGACGCGAGCGAGAGCAACAGGACUUGGAGCUAGCCAAGGAAAUGGCCGAGGAUGACGAGGAUGGUUUCUAAAAGUAUUGUGUAUUCUGGAAUUGCAAAUUAUACAUUACUAAUUCAUAAAUGUGUCGCUGAUUUAAUAAUAAAAUUAAUUUUCAUUACUAAA